GCAUAAUUGUAACCAGUUAAAUGGGUUUUGAUUGGACAGCUGGAUGAAAGAUAGAUCUGGCAGGGUAGAGAAACAUUUACUGAGCGGUCUACCAAUCAGUCCUUAUGUUGGUGCGCUUGGGGACAUACCAGUGAACAGGAUUCAACUAAAGAAUGAAAUCAAUUUCUCUCUAACAAAAAGCACUUCACAGUUUAAAUUCAUUCAAUAUAAAAUAUAAAGAGACUGACAUUUUUUUUUCUUCAAAAAAAACGUCUGGGAACUGCUAAAGGAAAUGGCAGCAGAAGCAACCAACAUAGCCAACGCAACUGAGCUGGAAGGGAAUACAAUUACCGAAUUCCACUCACAAGUGGUUGAAACCAUAGGUGGAAUGGGGGAUGCAAUCAUGCUUGUUCAACCUGAAAAUGCAGAAGUGGAUAUCAACACAACCCUUUCUGAUGCUUAUACAAGUACACCUGCAACUGAUGCGGAUGUUAUUGCACCUGUUUCUGAUGCUGAAGUUAGUGAACCUGCAAUGCAUUCUGACGUUACUUCACCAGAGUCUGAUUCUAAUAUAAGUACUUCUGCACCUGAUGCCAAUCUUACUGAACCCGAGUCUAAUGCUGAAGUAAGUGAACAUAUAUCUGAUGACCCUAAAUCUGAUGUGAGUCCACCUGACACUGAAGCUGAUGUUACAGAACCUGCCACUGAUGUUGAAACGAAUCAAUCUUAUACUCAGGUAAGCAAACCUGAAGAUGAAGAUAGUGAGUCUGUUUCUAAUGCUGACCUAGUUGCAUCUGAACCUAAAUCGACAGCUAGUUCUGAUGCUGAUGUUGCUGCACCUGCAUUGGAUCCUGAGGCUAUUGCACCAUUGACAAUUACACCAGCUUCUGAUGCUGGAGUUUGUGCACCUGUUUCUGUUGAUGAUGAACAAGAGAAGAACACUGAGACUGAAACUGCUCCUUCCGAAUCUCAACCGCAGACAGUGGUUGAGCAAAACAGAAAGGAAGCUCCUGUCAAAAAGAAGGAGGAAACAGCUGCAGUAUUGGAGGACACUUCUAUUCCUGAGCCCCUGCCUUCAGAAACACAUGAGAAGCAGCAGGAGGAAGAGCAUGUGGAGGAAGCCAUUCCUGAGCCAGUGAAAGAGGUGAGCCAGGUUAAUGGAGAUGAGGAGGCAAUGGCUGCAGAGGAACCUCCAGAGGCCACAGGAGAGCAAAUGGAGGACCUCUGUCAGGAGGAACUUUUGGAGGGGAGUCAAGAUGACAAUGACGAGGUGGUCUCUUGGGAUGGAACAAAGCAUGAAAAUGACUCUCAGGAUUCUCAGUCUACUAGUCCGAUCCCUGGUUCCCAGUCUUCUGGAGAAAUAUCAGGGGGAGGGAAGAAGCCAGACAUCAACAAACACAGCUCUUCAAAGUACAACACAGUGUCCUAUCGCAAAAUCAGAAGAGGAAACACCAAGCAAAGAAUUGAUGAGUUUGAGUCAAUGAUGCAUGCAUGAACUAACACAUAAUCUGCUUCUGGUUAUCUUAUCACUAGCUGUUGUUAGCUGGGAUAUACAAACUUGAUAAAGCAUUCUACCACCCAUGCUGUAUGUUAUAAUGUUGAGUUUACAUGUAGAAGCUGGUAUAUUGUAGUUUAUUUACUCAAUUACUCAUCUUUUUGAUUGCAUGCCUUCAAAUUCAAGGUCGGUCCUAUUCACAAAGUUUUUAAGAUAACUUAUUUCAUUCCAUGCCUGUCUUUUUUAUGAAUAAAACAUAUUAUAGUUUGAUAUUCAUGAACCUGUUCUUGAAUGUUGUAAAGCACAAGUGAUAAAUCAUGUUAAUGUUAAUUUGUGAAUGGGACUCAUUGUAACAAAAACUUACAAGACUUUGUUGUGGAAACCGGGAAUAUCAACUGGUAAGGGAGGCAUCACUUGCCUUGCGGUAGUAUAGUAGCUAUAUUUGUUUAGCAAAGGGAGGUGAAAAUAAACAUUUAUGUAACAUUGAUUCUAUAAAGUUUUCCAUUUGUAUUCAUUGACAACAGUAAAACUGGUGUGUCAUAUCACCUGUGCCUCAUUGAGUAAUAUCCCUGAUUUAACGAAUGAGCAGCUGAGUAGAUCAACGGCCUUCAUAUCCAGACAAUUUUUACAGUAGAAAAGGUUCAUUCUGAGAAUGCAACAGGUGGUGAUUGUAGGUAGGUUAACAACACUACAAGUUUCUAUUCACAUGUAUAUAAUAAAAGAAACGAGGAUAUGUCUGGUUUACAGCACAGCAAAAUUAAUAAUGUAAUAGAAUUUAGUAACCAGAAGCUUUUGAAGUUUGAUAUGUUUUGAACUGCAAGAAUAGUACUAUUUCAUAUGUAUACCAACACAUGCUGUGGCUUAUCUAGCCCACGUAGAGUUGCUGAAUUUUGCUACUGGCAUGAACAAGCCAUGUAAGAAACAAAGAUGUCCUUUUUAAUGACAAGAUGAUUAAUCAUAGACAUCUUUGAGUUUGAACGUGUAACAAAGUUUGAAAGACAUCAUAUUAGCCUAGACUUGUAUCCAGCUUUUGUAUAGAAAUAUUACCUAUGAUCCAUAUUCCUGUAAUUUUUUUUACAGAAUGCUGUUACUGAAGCCUUACUGCAGUCAUUUAAAUCUGUAAUUUGAAUGAAUUUUGUUAAAGCUAUCCAAUGAAAUACACUUUUUUUUAGAUGCCUACGUUCUUUCAAGAAUGAACACGGGAGUGUUCAUGCUCCUGCUUAUUCAACAAGUUAUUUUUUGUGACUAAUAAUCUU